ACAGAGGGGGUUUGAAUGCCAGUGUGCGUGACUUACACAUCACACUCCUGAGUCGCACAGGUCCGCAUCUUGUAAUACGGAAUGAGAAACGGUCUUCUUGUGUCUGAGUAAACGUUUGUAUUCUUUGUGAAAAUAAAGAGAAAAGGGCAGAGUAUUCAAAGUCAAACGCAUCUUUUGCAUAUCAAUUUGUUAUUCGGCCGUCAAAAAGUCAAUGCGCACAGUCUCAGGAAUCCUGAGUUGUGUAGCCUACUAUGAUUUGAAAGAAGAAACCCAAACAUAACUGAGACAGUUGCCUAACUGACAGGAUGAAGAAUAUCUGCUUGUUGGACAUCGUGAUCAUCCUCUGGGCUCUGUGCUCCUCGAAGGUGAGAGGUCAAUGUGAUGAACCGGCCGAGAACUCCAAGCUCAACCUCUCUGUGACCUACAACCUGCCCAGCUUCGAGGCCGACUCCGCCAUACAGAACAUGGUCACCUUCGAGGGGACGGUUUACGUUGGUGCUGUGAACAGGAUCUAUGCGCUGUCAGAGAACCUGACCAAGCUGUCGGAGUACCGGACCGGGCCCGUGUCAGAGGCUGGUGUCGAAAGGCAAUGUGGCCCAAGUAGCCAGGAUGGAGCUGCUGGCAAGCCCAACGCUGUGUUGGACAACAAUAACAUGGCCCUGCUGGUGGAGCGUUACUAUGACGAUGAGCUGUUCAGCUGCAGCUCCGCGGACGCCGGUGUCUGCCGUCGCCACUUGCUGGUGGAGAGAGGGAAUGUUUCCAAGGAGGUAAACUGUAUGUAUUCACCCAAGACAGAUGAUGGAGGACGGCAGGGCUGUCCCGACUGUGUUACCAGCCCCCUGGGUUCCCGUGUGCUCAACAUGGUGAGCGGAGGUGUGGUACGGUUCUUCGUAGGGAACUCGGAGAUCACUGGAAGCGCUGGAACUGGAAGUCCGUCCCGCAUGACCUCCGGCCCCCAGGCCCAGCAGCCACAGCACCACACCAUCUCAGUGCGUCAGAUGAAAGAAACCCAAGAUGGCUUCCGUUUCUUCUCCGACCAGUCCUACAUGGACCUGGCCCCGGGCCUCCGCGGCGACCACCACCUGCGUUACGUCUACUCCUUCCAGAGCGGCAGCCACGCCUACUUCCUCACCGUACAGCGUGAGGGCCGCAGCUCGCAGGUCUACCACACCCGCAUCGUCCGCAUGUGCGGCACCGACCCGGAGCUGCGGCGUUAUGUGGAGAUGCCCUUUGAAUGCAUCCUGACGGAGAGGCGGCGGCGGCGGCGCUUGGCCAGCAUCGAGGUGUUUAAUGUCCUCCAGGCGGCCCAUGUGGCCGAGGCGGGCAGCGAGCUGAGGCAGGAGAUGGGGCUGAAGGAAGGGGAGGACGUGCUGUUUGCUGCCUUCGCCCGAUCCAAGCCAGACUCCCCGGAACCCACAGCCAGCUCGGCCGUCUGCGUCAUCUCACUGGCAGACGUCAACAACUUCUUCAAGGAUUUCAUCCAGAAGUGCCACACCAAGCAGCCAUACCACUUCACCGGCUCCGAGGAGAAACGCUGCUACAACGGGAGUUCCUCAGACGACUCGUUUGGCUGUGGGAAGCACGGGGAGGGAUACCGUCUGGAAGUGACCACCCCAAUGACCAGACUGGACUACUUCAGCGGUCAGUUCAGCAAAGUCCUGCUCACCUCCAUUGCCGUGGCAACCGCCCAGGAACAGACCGUGGCCAGCCUGGGCACCACAGAUGGACGCCUCAUACAGGUGGUCGUUUCCCGUUCCAAACGCAGCACGCCCCACGUGGACUUCCGCCUGGACCCCUCACGCUGUGUUUCCCCCGAGGUGGCACUCCUGUUCCCACAGGGCCACACUGGCUCUCCACAGCGCAGCCAGGAUGGCUCCCUAUUGUUGGUGACAGGAAAUAAGAUCACCAAGGUGCCUCUGAUUGGUCCUGGCUGUGAGCAGCAGUGGACGUGUAGUUCCUGCCUGCUGGCGCCGGGGUUUAUGGGAUGUGGCUGGUGUGAAGGCCGUUGCACCAGGUUGGCCCAGUGUCACCCAACCUCCCUCUGGACCCAGGACUCCUGCCCUCCCAUCAUCACCAUGAUCUCCCCAGCCAAUGGCCCCCUGGGAGGAGACACCAAGGUGACGGUGUGUGGGAGGAACUUUGGCUUCAACAAGACAGAGAGGUUUGACCAUACGCUCAUCAGCCUGAACCUGGCCGGAGCACCAUGUAAACUUCUGAAACGAGAGAGCAACAGUUACAGGUUGGUGUGUGCUCCAGUGUCUCCUGUGAACUCGUCUCAGGCUAGCAAUGUGGUGAAGGUUCACAGUGGAAAGGAGAUGGCCCAACAACAGGGCUUCACCUUCGUGAACCCAGUGAUCAGAGAGAUCUUCCCUGUGUUUGGUCCUAAGUUAGGAGGAACCAUGCUCACCAUCAGAGGCUCUUUCUUAGACAGCGGAAACACCAGACAGGUCACUGUGGGAAACGCCACCUGUGAAAUCCUCAGAGUAUCAGGUACUAUGCUGAUGUGCAGGACCCCUCCCCAGUCGGCCCCAUCCCGCCAGGCGGUGUAUAUGAGGGUGGACUCUGUGGUCCGGGAGGCUCCUGUACUCUUCACCUACAACGAAGACCCUCUCAUCUCCUCCAUCCAUCCCACACGAUCCUUUAUCAGUGGAGGCAGCACGGUGGUGGCCCAGGGCUUCUACCUUCACUCUACUCUCCAGCCUCAGAUGGUGCUCAUCCCCACAGCCCAGGAAGGCAAGGUCUUCACUGUGGUGAGUGUCUUAUUUAACCUUUAUUGAACUAGGAUUGAGGUUUAGCAAGACCUCUUUCCCGUUGAGUGUCUGUCUGUCUGUCGGUCGAGACAACCAACUGGAGAUCUGCCUGCCUGUGCAAAUACCUCCAGGCCCCGUCACACACACUAUGUGGCUGGUAUUGUCGUUAAGGCCCCUGAAAAGAGGAGAAAAUAAGUUAAAUAAUAGGGGGAACAGAGAUAGAUAGAUUUGUAUAACUUGAGGGGAAAGGAAAUGGAAAACCCACGCUUCAAAUGUGAUGGAGUCAUCACUUCUGAGUCACACAGUAAUGUUACAGUAGCUAACCUGGAGUAUAAUCUGGCUUCAAUCUGGGUGAUUCUCUGAUGGCACCUUAAUAGGCCCUGGUCAAAAGUAGUGCACUACGUAGGGAAUAGGGUUCAAUAGGGCCCUGGUU